CACUCUUCUGCACCCGUGACACCUCAACUCGACGACCUCCGCCUCAACAGCGUUCUCAUCUCGACUGACUCACCUCUUUAGCCAUGUCGGCCACCAAGCCGGUGGACGAGUCGUGGCCGCUCGAGAAUGACGUUCUGUGGUUGCAAGCCGAAAUGGCAGCGCUCGGCGAAGAGGGAAAGGAGCGUCUGGAACAGCUGUCAAGGGCAGAGUCCGCAGCGCUAUCCAACUCUUGUGAGCUGGCGGUGGAUGAUCUGUUGCUGGAUGCACUUGCUGAUGACUCGGUCAUAUCGUCGAGCUUUGAGGACUUGCACGUCGCUGCUCUUGGCGUUGCCUUGGAUGACCUCAUCCUCGAGCUUCGCCAUCCUGAGUUUGGUCUGGAGAUCAAGAAACGGACGUAUCAUCUGCGCAAGUACCACGACUGCUUUGUGGGCUCGGAGGCGGUGGACUGGAUGCUUGAGCGGUAUGGCGGUGUGGUGGCAUCUCGGGAAGAUGCUGUCGUUUUCCUUCAGCGCUUGGUCGACAUCAAAGUCAUUCGCCACGUCUGCGACGAUCACCCGCUCCGCGACGGCUACUUCUUUUACCGUUUCCUCGUGGACGACGCAAGCUACUCGCUCAACACUGCGCGUGUGGUGUCGUCGAUGGAGACAGAGCCGCUCAGCCUCAUCACUAACCUGCGGAAGACCCUGCAGCGGAUUUACGGCAACUACCUCCUCGACGACGGCUUGCUGAAUCUCGAUGCAUUGGCGGCUUCGCCCUCGUUUGCGCACUUUCAAGACAACGUCGCCGAGCUUCAGUCGCUGCAGCUCAACACGCUCACCACCCAAGAGCGCACAACGUUCUUCAUCAACACUUACAACAUACUUGUCGUCCACGCCGCUAUUGUGUACGGGCACCCCACCAACCGGUUCCAGCGUGCAUGGUUCUUCUCCAAGCCGCACUAUCUCAUCGACGGGCAUGUCUUCUCACUCUCUGUCAUCGAGCACGGCAUUCUCCGCGCCAAUACCAAGGCGCCCGGCGCGCUCCGCGCUCCGCUGCGCCAGGAUGAUCCGCGGCUUGCCUAUGCCUGCGACGGCGUUGACCCGCGCAUCCACUUUGCACUCAACUGCGGCGCGAUCUCCUGCCCGCCCAUCCGCGUCUACCUCCCGCACAACGUCGAGGCUGCCCUCGAGCUCUCGGCGCACAGUUUCUGCGAGCAUGAGGCUUGGGUGGUGUCACUGGCCAGCGAGCGCGGCGCUGCCGCCGGUGCCACUGGCAAAGACGACGCCUUGCUCGAUGCGUCGGACCACGAUGCCGUUUUCGCCGCCAACCCGAUGACCCUGCCAUCGCCAGCUUCGCGAUAUGGUGUUUCGCUCUCCAAGCUCUUCUCGUGGUACAACUCGGACUUUGCCACGUCGGACAGAGAGCUCCUUCUCUUCAUCGCCCGCUACGUCAACGACAUCCGCGCUGCUGUCCUCCACAAUCUUGCUACAACCGGCAACUACAAGAUCAAGUACCGCAACUACAACUGGACGGCCAACAUCCGUGGUUGAUGGUUGAUGCACCACACGCUCCAUUUGCCAACCCGAGGCGUGAUUGCGGUCGAUCACGGCGAGCACCUUUCAAUAUCAAACCACUCCUUCC